AUGAGUUCACAAAAAGUGUUAGCUGACGCGAAGAAGGCCCGUCCCAGCCCAAUUCCCCGUCAGCUAAGGGAUGAUCUCAGCCAAGAUAGUCUCUUGAGCAAGAGCUCUUUGGAAAGGAGCGAUUCUAUGUCAAGUAUUCCUUCAAUAGAUAUGGACAAAGAUUCUAAAGGAGAAGUGAAGAAAGUGAAGAAAGUAACGAAAACAAAGAAGAGCACUACAAAAGACGGCAAAACCAAUGGAAAAACUGCAGACGGUAAUGACAAGGACAGCAGUACAACCGUGAAGAAGAAAGUGAAGUCGUCCACUGAAAGCAAGGCAGAGGCAGAAGAUGCCACCUCGUUGCGGUCAAAACUGAAGCCGACUCCAAAAACGGAGAAGGUGGAGGCAAAGCCUAAGCCAGAUGAUGAGAAUAGCAAAAGUGAGGCAAGACCUGUGCAGAAAAAACUGCGCCCAGCUCCAGGCAAAAACGCCGGCGACAGCAACAAGCCGGCCAAACCUCCUCCCAAUGAGGCUGACGAUGAUGAGAAGAUGAAACGAGUUGGACUCUCACCGCGACCCGUUGAAGUUGACGCCGCCGGUCGAAUCGAUCCAAAGGAACUGUUGAAGGGGCGCCAAGUUGGCAGGAAGAUGUCGGCGCCUCCAGCACCACAGAGUGACGGGAAGAACUUCCUGCAAGGCAUACAAUUGAAAAAAAUUGACCGAAGUGCCAAACAAACAAAGGAUUCAAGUAUGGAAAGCGUGAAGUUGAAGCCGAUCGGCGAUGAAGACGUCAGCGAGGCAUCGGGAAGCGAGUGGGAUUCUCGCUCCAGACGUGGCUCCGCCGCAAUGGAAUUUAUGCGUCGUGGAAGCGAAAUGCGACGGGAUUCAAGCCGUCGCAGCAGUAUUGACAUGCGACGGGAAUCCGUGCAAGAAAUUUUGGAAAAAGUCAAUACUCCUCUAGUUCCUAAAGGAGCAAAAGGAAAGCCUCCAAAGAUUGUAGAAGUACCAGAAAACGUCACAGUUGUAGAA